AUGCUGAGCAGAUUUCUAGGCCAGCACUACUGGGAACUGGCCAAAAACUGGAUCCCCACAGCCGGCAUGUGGGGCACUGUGGAUCCUGUGGGAUUGGUGUGGGUCACGGACUGGCGGCUGAUCCUGGACUGGGUGUCUUAUAUCAAUGGCAAGUUUAAGAAGGACAAUUAG